AGAAUAAGCCUGUCGAGCCGGUCCCAAACACAGAGCGGGGCGCCCAGGUGUCGUACAAGUCAAGUGGGCUGCUCGUCACAAGAUAACAAUCGUAUAACCAGUUGGUUAAGCCGAGCCGAGCAAACGCGCGUCGCGCUACCCGUGGCAUCCUUUCUUUCUCUGUUAACUUGAUCAGACGCACGCGCAGAGUGGGAGACACCGAAGAAACAUUCAUUCGAGAUCUUCUCUUGCGAGAGCCUUUUCAGCACAGAUAGGAAGGGGCCAGCGUUUGGGAGUUCGCGACCCAUGAAAGUGCGCCAUGAAGCUCGCAAGCUUCUGGAUGGUAUCGGCAACGGCGCUCAUCGUCUUCGCUGAAGCCCACUCGGCUGAGAUACUGUACAGAAUGGACUUCGCCAAUGGAAGCUGCAUUACGAACCUCGGGACGAUCCCAGACGGACACUCGUUCUAUGACGAUGUCGCGUGCGUGCGCUACAUCUGUGCUGCCAGCGCUAGGUCGAUCAAGUUCAUCGAGUGUCCCAAGUUUGUAGUCGACUUGACCGAUGGUGUCUGCCGCAUCGCUUCCGGAAAGCUCGGACGAUAUCCCGAGUGCUGCGACUACCCGGAAUGCGACCACAACGGGCACUCAUCCGACCACCUAACGCCUCCUAGCGUGAAAGGAUCUCAUAAUCGUGGCGGGAAGUCUGUGAUCAAAAAGCACGUGACGCAGCCACAUAGAAUAGUCAAAAAGCAAAAACCUGGAAAGUGAUGUCUCGUGGCCUGUUU